UAUCUUAUUAUAGGACUUGUCGUUGSCAUUGUAGCCGUCGUUAUUGGCCUCAUAGCAUCAUCUUUGUCGAGACUUGAUUCUGAUGAAAUUGGCGUUGGUUACGAUGUCGUCCAAAGAGAUUUAAGCGACGAAGUAAAAAAGUCUGGGCUUCACAAUGGUCCACCAGGAUUCAAGUUCAUCAAAUUCCCAAGUGUCUUCAAGUCUAAAAGUUUUAAAAAUGUGAAAUGCUUGAAUAAAGAAGGGUUAGAAAUUCAACUUAGCGUUGAAUUCCAAUAUCGAGCCAAGCCYACCAACCUKAGAAAGACAAUCCUGCAGUUUAAAGACUUUGAUAACUAUGGAAAAGUUUUAGGAAACCUUGCACUGUCAAGCAUGUACGAUGCUUGCAGCAGGUUCAACACCAGUCAAUUCCAGUCACAAAGAGCAACAUUCCAGGAAAGUGUCCUGACGACAAUGAACAAACGAUUCCAAGACGUCAGUGCCGAUUUAACUGACUUGCAAGUCAGCAAUAUCAUACGCCCAGCAUCAUAUGAAAAAGUUGUACGUGACAAGGAAUCAGCAAAAGAAAACAUCAACAUUGCUUUGAACGAACGACCAAGGAAACUUGUCCAAGCAAAAUCUGCUAAAGAAGAUGCCAUCAAGAAUGGYCAGAUUGCUGUCCAAACUGCAACGUCCAAUGCUAAAAUCCUCAAAACAAAAACUGAUGCUCAAGUUCAAAGUAUCUUGACCAGAUACGAYGCUGAAGCCCGUGCUUUUGCUACACUCAAGAGCAAGCAGAAUAUGACUGUAGAUGGCCUGCUGUCGUACUUAGCAACAAGAGUCAUUGCAGAUAAAAACAACACACUCAGUAUUGGAAUGGAUGCUCCUGCCCAGACUAAAUACACUUAUUGAUUGAAUGAAAGGAUAAAUACAAAAAUGUUUGACUAAAAUAUUGCUAAUGAUGGAUGUAAAAUAAUCAUUGUGAUCAUCAACUGUAAAAAAUCUGCAUUUUCUAUAUUUUCACAAUCCUCCAGUUCACAUUAAGGGAAUAAGUUUUUUUUUGUACUUUGUUGUAUUUUGAAUUGAUAAUAAAACUCUAAGACACAAAAGUUCUUAUUCCCAUUUGAAUUGAGAUCUAGCCACUAUCAUGUAAACUUAUCAUGUAAAGUUGUAUUAUUACACACAAACAAACAAAAGAGAUUUUCAACACAAGAAGAUAAAAUCCUUAUCUCCAAGUAAUAUUCUGUUUACCAUAUGAUUAUCCAUGAGAGUAAAUUAUGUUUUAAAACUUUUAAAUUGUUAUGUAUAGAGUUAACACUAACAUGUUAUUUUCACUAGUGAAAUGAUAUUGGUGGUGUGAAUAAUUGGUGGGCGCCAAUGUUUAAGUUUUAGCUAAUAAGCCACAAGAAAAUUGAGCCUGUAAAUGAAAAGAGCUCAUACCGGUUAGCAAUUCCUGAAAAUUCCAGYGCCGAAUUUGCAAGAUUUUCUAAAGAAGUGACCUUUGUUGGCAUUAUUUUGCCAACCACGAACGUGUACUAUAGAUUUUGUAGUUUUGAAAUGCCGAUAUCUCGAAAUGUAAAAAGGCGUUUGCCCUAAAAUUCAUGUAAUAUAAUCUUGAAUUAUAUGAGUUCAGAUUGCUUAUUUUUUGAAUUUUUUUUUUUGGAUGUAAACAAACUACGYCAUUGUACGCUCACCUAUAAGUUAUUGAAAGUGAGAAAUAAUAUUGACAUUUCAUGGAUAAUAUGUCAAGAGUGUGUUUCUGUGCGAUUGGGACACAAACAUUCACAUGUAUGCACCUAAUUCUUUUUAUCAUAUAUUCACGGGUAAAUGAUACCCAUUCAAAUAAAACUUUGUAUCAGAAAAUAUUGUUUGAAUUAAGUAUAAUAAAACGUCACUCUCUAUUUA